AUGUCCUUGUUCGCUUCAAAAACUACGACUACUACAGAUAAAACACCACCAUCCACACCCAAGCGCAAGUCGCGCGUUCUACAUUUUCGCUCAAAGAGCGACUCGUCCAAGACAAGUCCUUCACCUCCCACAUCACCAACAACUGAGGUCGCUGUAACACAACCUUCGUCACCGACAAAGCGGACUCCACUUGGAAUUGCUGAAGUUGCCAAUAUAUUUGUCCGAAUGCGACGAGCAAGCGACAAAGCCAAGAAUAAUAAGUCGUGGCAUAUCCAAAGCUCCUCUGGGCCAGCGCAGUCUCACCCUGGCGUUCUUGAAGGCGCUUCAGAGCUGCGAGAAAUUGUCACACAUAGGGACGUUUACAUCUGCAAUGAUGGGGUCAACGUUGGUCAACUGCUUAGAGCAACGAGGAAUGCCCUUAUGGAGGAUGCCGAGUUCAUUGGCGCUAAUGCUCUUGUCGAUGAACAGUGGGAUUGCACCAUCUGUGGCCCCCGACACAGACGCAGUGGCUCGUUCAAAGUCGAGAUAUCCUACAGCGCUGCCGCCACACGUUCUGAACGCGCGGAUCCACACAAGCCAAUCGCUAUUGACAAGGCUAAAGGGGUCCCAGCCUCUCAAUCCAUCCUCAAUACUCUUGAUCGAAUCCACUUGGAAUCCACUAAUCGUCGUCACGCUAGUGUAGCGUAUACUCCAUUCGUUGCGUAUCUUUCCUCCAAAAUUGUCCUAUCCACUAUCAAGUCUGAUAAGUUAUGA